AUGCUCGGGCCUCGACACGAUGAAGUUUAUGAUCUCGGGCGCGCAGUAAUCGUGAACCGAAAACGAGAGCGGGAAGGGUUUGGUCGUCGAGUGCUCCCGAAGGAUGUGAAAGAGGUUAAACGCCGAGAAGCAAUUGAAAGCGUAGGACUCGACGUUGGGAAUGGAGACCGAGUCCUCGACGGCCUCGGCAAUGAAGCGGUCGUAAAUGAGGACGAUUUUUUUGGUUUGGGUCGACAUGUUUUGGAUGAGGGCGGCAAUCGGGCGGCGGAGGGCAAUGUAGGCCUCCAUGGCCGGAGCAAGGUGGUUGGGGGUUCUGUGCGAGCUCGGAUCCGGGUCGGGUGUGGGGAUGGGGGGAGUGGGGAAGUCGUGGAAAUGGAUAGGGUUAGGGUUAGGGUUAGAGUAGUGACGGAGUUUAACUUGGCGGUUGUGGGUGGCGGAGCCGAGGAAGUGGACGGGGAGGGUGGUGGCGGAGGAGAUGAGGCCGGCGAGGCGGAGGAGCUGGUUGAGGUGGCUCUGGGCGGGGACGGGCAACAUGACCACUGUGACUGG